CUAAGAAGCUCAAUUCCUCCAUUCUCUCUUUCUUGAUUUGGACUUGUUCUGUUUGUUUUUAGAGUUUUUUUCCCUCUCCCUUUCUUCUGUCUGAGUGUCUUUGUGGUUUGCUGGUGUUUUUGGUCCUGUGCCCUGUGACAGUGGCGGCUUAGCGUCGCUAACAUUCCUCUCUAGACGUUGUUUGUGUGCAACUAGAAGAUCGCUCUUUUCAUUUUGUGAGAAUAAUCAUCCUUUUUGAAUCCAAUUAGGAUACAUUUGUGUCCCUCGCAGUUUUCAUUUGAAGAUUGCCGUAUCUUCAAACUCUUCUUGUAAACAAUGUCAAUCUAUGUUGACGAGACAGAUCUUGAUGACCCUGAACCAGACUUUCAGCCUAGGCAUGUCGUAGUGAAAAAAGGGAAAGAUGUUAAAACUGAAUACGCCCUGAAUGAAGAACUUGGAAGGGGCAAAUUCGGCACCGUUCAUCGGUGUACCGAAAAAGCUACGGGCAAGGUGUUUGCUGCCAAAUUCAUCACAACCUUGAAACCCCAGGAUCGUAAAGAUGUGGAACGGGAAGUGGAAAUCAUGACAGUCCUUCAACAUCCUCGUCUUCUGCAACUGUAUGAUGCGUUUGACGAUGGAAAAAAGACUAUGUGUCUGAUUCUAGAAAUCAUAGAAGGCGGUGAGUUGUUCGAAAGAGUGAUUGAUGAAGAUUUCGUACUCACAGAGAAAGCUGUGACUAUCUUUAUGAGGCAAAUAUGCGAAGGGGUUGAUUAUAUGCACUCAAAAAAUAUUCUCCAUUUAGAUAUGAAGCCCGAGAAUGUCUUGUGUAUUAGUCGCACGGGCAACAGGAUCAAGUUGAUUGACUUCGGCUUAGCUAGGAAAUACGAUCCCAAGAAAAAGCUCAAAGUUCUGUUCGGCACGCCUGAAUUCGUGGCUCCGGAAGUUGUUUGCUUUGAAAAUAUAGGUUACACAACAGAUAUGUGGAGCGUCGGAGUCAUUUGUUACGUUCUGCUUUCAGGACUUUCGCCAUUUAUGGGUGACAGUGACAUGGAAACAAUGGCUAAUGUUACCAGAGCCGAAUGGGAUUUCGAAGAUGAAAGUUUUGAUGACAUUUCUGAAGAAGCCAAAGACUUUAUCGAAAAACUUUUAGUGAAAGAUAAAUCAAAACGACUGAAUGCAUCCCAAGCACUUCAACAUAAAUGGCUCAGGCGAGAUGUUAAGAAGCAAGAAACUACUAUCGACAAGAAGAAACUGAAGAAGUUCGUCAUCAGAAGGCGUUGGCAAAAAGCAGUGAAUGCUCUCAUUGCUCUUAUAAGGAUGGGUGCAACUAUCUAGAUUUCUAUAGAAUCCACCUGAAGGUUCAGAUCAGAGAUUCUACGAAGAGAAUGACUCCCGCUCCAUUUGCAACUCAUUCCCGACCUUUGGAAUCCCAUUUCAACCAUUCUCAUGUAGAUCUGUACAGUCAUAUAAAUCAAUAUAAACUGUUUUUCAAUCUCCCAAUCAUAAUCAACAAGGACUCUGGAGAGCAAUAACCAAAUGUAGUCAAAUAGGUGAAUUUCAGCGUCAUGAUUGAACAUGACCUGGAAACAUCCAAAAAAAGAAUCGGCAAGUAGUAAAGGGCAAAUUUGUGCAUUUGCCCCUUCCUACACAGUAAAUAUGUGCCAUAAUAUCACCCUAAUAAAUAUUUCAUUUCUGAGAAGUUUAACUUUUCAUCGUUCCUUCCAAGGAGGUUGGGAAUCAAAAUUUACAGUCGACAAGAGCCGCAUUCAUACCUCGAGGUUAAAUUUCCCAAUAAGAUAAAAGAGUUUGUUUCCUAGACUCGUGCCAUAUAAAAUCCCUAUUGAGAAUUUAGACAGCACUGUAGUGAAGAAUAAAGUUUUAUUAUUUUUAUACAAAUCAGUAUCUCUAAUGCUAAUGGGUUUGGAACAGGAAACUUGUUCUGAUCUUCGGAAUUGCUCUCCUGACGAACUCAAGUCCCCGGCGAGUGUUUUUCAGUUGUUAACCUGCGCUCAAGAUCGUGUUUUACAAGCUUUUUCUUCUCGCAUUGCUACAGGACAUUAGGCAGAGAGCCAUUAGACUCUUUUCUGACGCAGUGCUUAUCUGAGGAAGUUAAGUCUUUUCUUAUCCCGCUAGAUUUUCAGAGAUUAGUUAGCUGUGACUCUCUCUCUCCUUGGGAAUGGGUUUAAUUUUAAAAUUUCCUUUGAAAAAUACCUUUACCUAGUUGUGUAAACACACAACAUCUUUGGAAAGUUUUUAACAAUUUUAUGUAUGAAGUGAAUUGAUAUCUACACGUCAGUAAGAAAUCCAGCUCGAUUUUUUGUGCUGUUCUUAUAUCGUGGCUCUAUCUUUAACUUGUCACAAAAAAUAUGUGCAAGCGAAAACUUUCUGCUGUUAUCUAAAACCCUUCAACAGUGCAAUGUACAUACAAAACCCAGCAUCUAGUCAGAAAUGAUGACGACUUCAGUGCUUUGAGCUGUUAUCAUUUAUCUAUGAUUUUUUAUUUUUGUUCUUGUUUUUGAAAAUAAAGAAAUUAUUUCAGUCCA